CUUUUUUCGAUUAUUAUCGAUAAAAUUAGAGCCGACACAGAUUUGUUCGUGAUUUGGUUCUUGGUUUAAGAUAAACUACGUACUUUCAACUUAAUUUACUGAGAGACUUUACAAGGCGAAAUUACUUAGUUUGUACUUAAUUUAUGCGUAAAUUAAGUUUGACCUCUAAAUUACGCUAAUGGGAACAUAGUUUUACAUAUAUUCUGAGAAAACAAAGUUUGGCGUUAGAUGCGCAGUCGCGAAAAUAAAUUAAUCAAAUAAAAAUAAAAUAGGUGAAUAAAGGAAUAAAGAUAAGAAUAAUGAACAAGCGAACUUUUCAAAAUGAAAUGGACGAUAUGGACGAAAAAAUAAUGGAAAACCAAAGACAGGUUGAAAGCCGCUUGGAUGUACUUGAUCAUCGCAUUGAUGCUAUGGAAAAGGUUUUGUGUGAAAAUAUGGCUAACAGGAACGAGACAAUGGCUCAAAAUCGCUUGAUGCGCGAGUGUAAAGUAAUUUUGGCGAAGGUGCAGCAGUCAGUUGGAAAAAUGACCGGCGACAUCGUUGAUGAAGGAAUAGUGGAAGUUGCUAGCGUACUUCCGUUUUUUACAAUAGAUGCUGCAAUGGAAGUGGAAGAAAAGCUGAAUGAGCACGAAUACGCCACUGCAAUGAAAACGCACAUACAUACACUGAAGCGCGCUUCUGGAGAAGUGGACCCUGUUAUGCGCAAAUUAUUUAUGUGUAUAUAUAUAUAUGUUUGGAUAUAAAUAUGUAAGGGACAUAAAACAUACAAAAUAAUUAAAAAUAUGAAAAGUUCGAAAAGAUAAGAAAAAAAUUUCAUUUGAAUAGGAUAAUCGUUUGGUAACACUACUGGUAGGUUUUGCGGUAAUCGCUUGGUAAGACUACCAGUAGGUUGUGCGGAAAUCGUUCGGUAAGACUACCGGUAGUUAUUGAGGUAUUCACUUCGUAGGAGUACUGAAAGAGUGAACAAGCUAUAUAUGGCUGAGUAUGACAUACGUGAAUGU